UACGAGCGAGUGAGUGAACUGCACGGCCAAGAUGUGUGACUUCACGGAUGAUCAGACAACACAGUUCAAGGAGGACUUCCAGCUGUUUGACCGAAUAGGGGAUAGAAAGAUAUUAUACAGCCAGUGUGGGGACGUGAUGCGAGCCCUGGGCCAGAACCCUACCAAUGCUGAGGUGCUCAAGGUCUUAGGGAAUCCCAAGAGUGAUGAGAUGAAUAUGAAGAUGCUGGACUUUGAACACUUUCUGCCAACGCUACAGACUGUAGAAAAGAAUAAGGACCAGGGCACAAUUGAAGACUACAUUGAAGGGCUUUGGGUAUUUGAUAAGGAAGGGAACGACACAGUCAUGGGGGCUGAAAUACGACAUGUCCUCAUCACCCUGGGUGAGAAAAUGACAGAGGAAGAAGUGGAAGUGUUGGUGGCAGGGCAUGAAGACUGCAAUGGUUGUAUCAACUAUGAAGAGCUAGUCUGGAUGGUGCUGAACAGCUGAGAACAACUCCUCCUUCCACAAAGAACCCCCUAACUUUUCUCAGUGUGAAAAUCAUCCUCUUGCCCCUGAAGCAACUAACUACUUUUUCAGGGUUACCGACAUCCUUACUUCCAACCCCCACCAUGUGUCUUCUUUGGCCGAUUUGCUCUCUGCUUUCACCAAAUAAACUUGCUAUCUGCUCCUAAAAAAAAAAAAAAAA